GGCGCUCUCUCCCCCCAAUUCCCGCUUUGCGCGGUGUCCUUCUUCUUUUCUACACGCCCGGGUGGCCUUAUCAACGCUGAUCGCCCAUCAUGCCGCUGUUGUCGGGGGAAGAGCGUAUACUGACCGUGUUUGCCGAUAUCCAUUACUACUUUGCAGCGCCGACUCCCAGGCCUGUCCAUCACCGGUUUGAUAAGGGUUGCUAUUUGUAUCUAUAUCUCAACGCCGCGAACAAGAUACGGGUCGAAGUAGCAAACAAUCCAGGGACUCCGGAACAGGAUGCAUUCAACGGCGUUCUCGAUAACAUCCACCUCCGUCAUUCAACUAAAUUCCCAACUCUGUGCACUGUGACCGUGGAUGGACAAGUGCCGAGCCCACCCUCGGGCCAACCGUCAUUUCCGCCGCCCCCAGGUGCCAUUUCAAAUGAAUGGCAAUUAUCUGGCAAUGACUCGCUGAAUCUCUUACGUCUACACACACUGGACAUCUAUUUCUGGACGACGGAUGAUGUCACGCAGUUCCUAGACCUGCUCGAGCGCCAUCUAUCUCAGUCACAGAUCGAGACAGAUCGGCAUCCUUUCCCGCCUCCACCGCAAAGCACGGUCAGCUCAGUCGUCCAGCAGCUGGAGACUGUGGCCAUUACUGAUCCCGGCUACCAAAAUGGACAAACACGGAAUUCUCAAUCUGAGGUUGUCGCAAACCCUGUGCCUAGCUACCAAGCUAUCACGCCCCCAAGCAACCUGCCCCCUCCCCCUCCAUUGGGCGGAUUGGCAACGGUACAGCCUAUAAUUCCGGGCAUCCAGGCUGUUACCAGCGAGCAGCAGGAUGCCGCCCCAACUCCCGCUCCUCUGCCGUACAAUCCGGCUGCACCAGCCGCCCCGGAACCCAUCAAACACCGAGAGAAGACUCCUCCCCCGAUUGAUGCAGAGACCGGCACUGGACUCGCGACGGCAGCGGCUGUCGACAACGGGAUGGCGUUCCCUCCGUCAUCUCAGACGCCCGGUCUAUCGGCAACAAGAGGAUUCUCCUCGCCUCCUUCGGGCCCCGCCCCGCCAUAUACCAUGCCGGGGAGCUAUAUCCCGCCCCCACCCAGUGCAGGUCUCUCGGGGACAUUUCCGACAUCCAUGCCCAGCCCUGGACUCCCAUCCUACUCUGCUUCAUUUCUGUCAGGUGACGGCGCUGGCGCCGGCCUCAGCACCGUAGGACAACCCCCGAUGAACCCGGCUGCGACGCAACCCCAGAUGUCCAUGUCAUUCGGCCCGCCGCCGACAGAUCCGAACGCGCACCUUUACGGCCAGAGCAUAUUCAGAACCUCCACCGAGUCAUCUACUCCUCCCGUCCCGCUUCAACUGGGCGGGUACGCGAACUACUCGUACGAGCAACCGAAGCGCCAUGCUUCCGUAUCGAGCAACGAUUAUGACGUCCACAACCAGCUCUAUCGACCCACCGAGCUGGAGUCGACGUCCCGCCAUCAGAAGUACUCGCGCGAAGCGAUGAAGGACCCGGGGAAUCCACAUCGGCCGCAGUAUUUUGUCAAGAAUGCGUACAAGGUGGAACAUGGGGUGAACCGGCUGUUGAGGAAGCUGGAGAAGAAGCUAUGAUGUGUUGCAGCUACCUGGCUGUGCUUGAUGAGCUGUUUGUGUCUGCGUUCUGUACAUGCUUUUAGCAAGACACCAAGGGAUACCAGGGUUUUGUUCAUAUUGCUUUGUGCAUAUUUUGAAGUCUGAUUUACCCGCAUCUAUCUAUAUCCAGCGUGCAAUCUUACUCUCGCUAUUUUCACGUGUCAUUCAACAUUCCGGUUCAGUAGCAUAAGGGUAGAUAUGUGCUUGAUAUUACAUUCGAGGGAAGAUUAUC